AUGCCACCGCUCAGCCCAUCACUCGAGACGCUCCCACAGCCAGUCCAGCAGCGCAUCGUCGUGCUCGCACUCCAGGACGACCCCUCGUUCGCUCUCAUCGCUUUGACCGCUCUCGGACGCUCCCUCCAAGCCGCAACUCGCUCUGUGCUCGCCCGGAGCCUCACACUCGACGACGACGAUGGUGUGCUCGUGGCGGCGGAAGAGUGGGCGGAACAGAGGUCGGAGGGACGGGGCCCGAGCCAGGACGACCGCGGAAAGACGCAGGCGAGCGGAGCAGGAGCGGUCAAAGGCAGCGUACUGGCGCAGGUCGUGGCGAAGGAUGAAUGGGCAGACGAUGUGAGGGAGCUCGUCGUCGUCCGGCCAGCAGUCGACCCAGCCACCCUUCCACCCGCCUCUUCAGCGCACCAGUUCGAGCAGUUCUCGUUCGACGAGGACUCACCAGCGUCUUCGCCCGGCGAAGCCGACUCGCCUAUCCCGCCCCUGAAUGACGCAGCACUGUUCGGCCUCAUCCGGCGGUGCAGGAACCUUGCCUCGUUCACCUGGUCGUCGUACCGUCUCCCGCCAGACGACCUCUGCCAAGUGCUGGGCGAUUCGACCAAGGGUCUGCUGCACUUCAAGGUCGAGAUUGUCGCGAGUCCGCUUGCGGGCGGCGCAGGCGCAGGCGAAGAGGCCGGAGUUGCCGCAGGGUCGUUCGUCGGCAGUCCUUCAAGUCCACAACUCGGCACGAGCCCGACCGCCUCCUUCGCAUCGCACGGCGCCGGCUCGGCUUCGCACGCCCCGCCGCGCUGGGACGCACCGUCGCUCUCGUCGCUACCGUCGACCCUCACAAGUCUCAGCAUCUCGUCCCUCUCGCUCGCCGGCUCGCGCACGCUGAGCAACUCCCUCGCGUCCUUCCCUUCCCUCGAGUCGCUGUCGCUCUCCCGCACGCUCUUCAUCGAUGACGCAGUUCUCUCGAGCAUUGGCGAGAACUGCAAGGCGCUCAAGAGGCUCGAGGUGAGGGAGAUGGGCGGGACAAAGAUCAGCGAGAAUGGGCUGGGAGAGGUCUUCGCGGGCUGUGAGGGACUGGAGGUGCUCGUGUUCGAUGCUGUCGAAGGCCGCUUCUCGCGCUCGACAUGGUCAAACCUCGCCCCUCUCCCCUCCUCCCUGCACACCCUCAAGCUCCUCUACCCCGAAUCAGGACCUCACAAGUCCUGGGUCCUCGACCACCUCUCCUCGCUCUCCUCGAUUCUCACUCCCGCCGGAGGACCCGGUCUCAAACGCCUCACGGUCUCUCGCAAAGUCCGUCCCGAAGCACUCGUGCCAGGCUCACACCACCUCGCCUCGAACCCCAUCGACCCGACACUCGACCCGUCCAAAUGGGUUCUCACCGCCCCGAGUCCCGAGAUUGAGGCGAUCUGCGAGGAUGGCAAGAGGUGGAAGUCGCUGGAGUUGGACUUGUGGGCCAUGGAUGGCGGAGCGGUCAAGCGCGUGUUGGAGGAGUGUGCGGGAGUGAGGAAGGUCAAGGUCUUGCUCGAUGCGCCGUUCAGGAACUUGCUCACGCUCGGCUCUUCUUUCGCCGCCUCGUCCGCGCUUCAAUGGUUCGUCGUCUCGAUCCCUCCUCACCACACGCCUGAGCUCUCCUCGCUCGACCCGAACGAGUACCUCUCGCUCGUCGGCGCUUCCCCUUCGCCCGCCACUUCGCCCACCAAGUCUCCCUCCGGCGAAAAGGGCGAGAAAGGCGACAAGGAAGACCGCUCGACCCACCCUGUCUCGCACCUCUCGACUCUCACUCCUCCAACUCGCGAGUGGCGGAGGUUCCUCAAGCGCUCGCACACGCUCGAGAGCUUGACGUGGGCUGGCCGGGGCGGUCUCGGAACGUGGAAGUUCGGAAGCAAGGCGGGCAGUUCGUUGCUGAGGGUCGAGUUCGAGCCCACGAGGCCGAGCAGCACGGCGACUGCGGGUGCAGGCGCGACGGAGGUCCCGAAGAGCCCGAGGAGCCCAAUGGGAAGAAGGAGGUCAUCGAUCCUCUCGUUCGGCACAACCCCGUCCCCGACUUCGGCUUUCUCGACGCUCUCGCUCUCGCCUCCCUCGCCGACUCAGACGGCACAAACAUCGCCGCAGACCUCGCCCUACACGUCGUUCGGCUCGGCCUCGCGCGAGGUCUGCUCACCUUCGACUGGCUCAGCUCGUCGCAGGUCUUCGACGUCGUCAACCGCCUCGUCCGCGUUCUUCACCUCUCCGUCGCACACGACCGGCUCAGGCUCCGCACUCGGCUUGUACCCCAUCCCAUCGCCGCCCUCGACGGCAGUCGGCUCACGAAGCAAGAAGUCUUUCGCCGACGCGUUGUCUGGCUCGAACGGAACGAGCGGAGGAUGGACGAUGAGUGCAGGAGGAGGGGUGACUGCCGGUCCUGGUUGGGCGGAGAACGGGAACGGUACGCCGGCCGGGAGCGUUCCGUUUGUUGAGGAGGAGGAGGGAGCCGGACUGAAGAGAAAGACGAGCGGUGGAGGGAGGAGGAGGCGAGGCAGUCCAAAUACGGGGCGGAAGAAGGCUGGUGGCGCGACGAACGGCGGUGGAAGGAAGUGA